AUGACCGAAGCAGAGAAUCGCGUCGCAAAACGCAAAUCACAUACGAAAAGCCGGAGAGGAUGUUUCCAAUGUAAACAACGUCAUACAAAGUGUAAUGAGGCUCGCCCACGAUGCGGGAACUGCGUAAGACUGGACAUUCAUUGCAACUGGCCGGUCAUCCAAAAUCAAUACUCAGCAUCCCCUUCCCAAUCGAAUGGCAGUAGUCACUUGUCCCCGUUGAUUGUGGAGCAGCGACCCAUCAAUAGUCCUGACAACUCUGAACCGAGCGAUGCUGAUCUUUCAAUACCGGACCUUUGUUUGUUGCAUCAUUGGAUGUCGAAAUGCUAUCAGUCUUUGCGUCCCUACCAGAUCUCUAUCAAGGAAGACAGUCUUUGGCGCGACGAAUGCACCGAAAUCGCAUUGCAGCAUCCCCCUCUCCUUCACGGCUACUUGGCUCUUUCCGCUGUGCACAAAGCGCUCACUGUCCCUAGCUCAGAUCGACAAAGUCUUCUUCUGCAGGCCGACUCACACAUCUCCCGCGGAUUAGCUAUCUACAGAAAACAUCUUGAGGCGCCCAGCAUCGAGAGAGCUAUUCCCAUGUUCAUGACUUCUACGAUGCUGUUCACGUACAACCUCGGCUCUGCGCAAUUGGAAAAGCCAGAAGAUCCAAUUGACGGAAUUCAUCACUGCUUUCGACUUCUAGCUGGAAUCAAAAUGGUAGUCAUGCCGUUCUGGUUACAGAUCAAAGAUACCAGUGUCUUCUCCCAUCUGGUCGAUCUGGCCGAAGGUGACGACACGGAGUCUCUCGAUGCACGUGGCAAAAACGAUACGACUCCAGAGAUCCUAGCUUUGGAGGAGUUGACCGGGUACCUGUUGAGUAUGCAAGAUCGGGAGACCUGUUUGGCGGAAAUCAACGAACUUCAUAAGACUUCCAUACGGCUCCGACAUGCGUCCGCGCGAAGUGAUGAGUACUCUCUGAUCCUUGGGUGGGCUGCUCAGUUACAAGAACACUACAUGCACCUCGUCUCGGCCCAUAAUCCGGUCGCCUGUAUCAUCGUCGCCUAUUUCGCUGCGCUGUUAGCUCAGGCUCGUCCGGUCUGGUGGGUGGGAAAUUGGCCGCAGUGGCUUCUCACAGGUUGCGAACAGCUACUUGCAGCAACACCUGAGCUCGCCAAGUGGCUUGACUGGCCUCGACGAAUCAUGAAUGCCCGAACCUGGAGCGUUGUCUCUACUCCAGUCUCUUUCGAUCAUCCUAGCACUGGACCAUGA